AUGGGCGGCCAGCGAUUAUCAGCACGUGACAGCGUGUUCUCAGACGCGUUGAUAACUGCCUUUCUUCCUUUCGGUCGAACCGCCCACCGCGACUUCAAGAUGAGCUGGGAUCGAGUCAUCCAGGAUUCUGAUGAGGAUGAGCCUUUCGUCGAAGAUGAGGUCUCAAUUUCAAUUGCCCCGAUUCAGGGCCAAGAGCAUCCACCACACCAAGAGCCCCGCGACCACCCCGCGGACCAACACACAACAAACCAUAUUUCCGAGCAGAUGGACGCCCCAGAGCACCAGCUGAGUGUCGAUUUCGACCAAUUCUUGCAGUCGCAGGAUAUGCCUCAGAUAUCAGUCACUGCUUCCCAGCAAAAAAGGGAGGAAAUGUGGAUUCCUCCUACGGCCGACGGCGGGGAAUCAAUCGGGGCAAUGAUGACGGAAAUUGGACUAGCGCAGCAAAGACUAUUCGACGAUGACGCUUCCAAUACUGGAAAUCAUCACUCCAUGUCAACAACCUACCCGAGCGGCAUCUCCGAGCCUGGUUCCUUUCCAAUGCAUUACGAUCACCAGCACCAAAAUGGAAGUCUCGCACCGACCGGUCCUCCCCCUAAUGUUCAACACGAGGCGACGCAACUCGUUGCGCCGCAUACAACGAAUGGCUAUCAAUAUAGCACGCCGGCGGAGUCAGCGCAUGUUGACUUGCCGAUCACAAACGUCAAUGAGAUGGGCAUAAACAGUAUCCCAGGGCAUCCCAACGAAACCAAUUUCCAGAAACCCGCCCAGAGGUCUAAAUCUAUGCACGCGGAAUGGGACUCCCCGCAUGACACAGAACCCAAUUCGUCCGUUCGUUCACCGCAAUUAAAUCGUUCAAAGAGCGACCAAGGCCAGGUAGCAUUGAUGUCACCAAACUCCCCGGUUAGUACACUUGAUGAACUGGCUGCGCCGGCAUUUGCGGUUCAAAUCGCCCCUCCUGAUAUUGCCUCUUCCGUGAAAAGGCGCGGUCGGCCUAAGAAGCAGCCAGUGCCACAAUAUGACGAUGACGAUGAUGAGCUUGCUAUGAUCGGGGAUUCGAGUGUACAAACCAAACCCGAGAAGCGACGGCCGGGUCGUCCUUCUAGAUCUGAAAAAGCCACUCGGCAAGCCGGUGAAAUUGGCACCCAGGGGCCCAUAAAUGGAUCUGAAGCUACCGAGGCGCCAGAGCAGCCCGCGCAGCAAGCAAAGGCAGAUCCAAAAAAGAAGAAAAUUAAGCGGAGUAAGACUGCUCCUGAGACCAUGCACAAGGCUGGUAAAUUGGAUGAUGAUGAUGAUAAUGAUGAUUUGAUAUGGGUGGAAUCAAGGCCGUUGGAAAUGGAAAACACCAAUGCCAAGACGAAUCAUAUUAACGAAAAUGACGACGCAUCAAAUUUCUCUGAGCAAGCUCAAUCUAAAAUCCCUAUCGCCUCAAAUGAAACUGUUGAGGCGCCAGCGCCAGCGCCUAAGAAGCGCGGGCGCAAGAGGAAGAUAGCAGUCGAGCAGACAGAGGCCCCGGUACCUUUAAAAGACCCCCAGCUGGAGUCUCAAAAAGAGGAUCCCACCGUUCCCGAGGCCACGAAACAACACACGCCCAUCCCUAAUCCUCCGAAGGCAGACGAAAAGGCAAACACUACGCUCGGCAAACAAUCAGAGUCAGAAUCGACACCUCAGCCCAACCAAGUCACCAAGGAAUCCCUACCACAAACACCCCAAAUUGCAAAGCCACGCAAGGUGCAUAGCCCGAUUUCUUCUACCAGUAAGGUUCCCUACCGUAUUGGACUGAGCAAAAGGGCGCGGAUUGCCCCGUUGUUGAAGGUUGUUCGGAAAUGA